GCUCCGCUCCGCGCCCGGCGGCGCAGGGCGGGGAGGGCGCGUGGAGCCGGGGACACGCACACGGACACGCAGCGCGGCCCCGCGGCGCGGCUCUGCGGCCAAGCCCCGCCAACAAAGACCCCUCCGCCCCCCUGGCCGCCGCCCCCCGCGGGAUGUAGCCGGGCCGGGAGCCCCAGCGAGGCAGCGGCCCCGCCGCUCCGUGCCCCGCAGCGAGGCCGGGAGGCGGCGGGCUCAGCGGCGCUGCCGCCACCAUGGGCAAAUCCAACAGCAAGUUGAAGCCUGAAGUUGUGGAAGAGCUGACCAGGAAAACGUACUUCACGGAGAAGGAGGUGCAGCAGUGGUACAAGGGCUUUAUCAAGGACUGUCCCAGCGGGCAGCUCGAUGCCGCCGGCUUCCAGAAGAUCUACAAGCAGUUCUUCCCCUUCGGUGACCCAACCAAAUUUGCCACCUUUGUUUUCAAUGUCUUCGAUGAGAACAAAGAUGGGAGGAUUGAGUUUUCGGAGUUCAUCCAGGCGCUGUCGGUCACCUCCCGGGGAACGCUGGAUGAGAAGCUGAGGUGGGCAUUCAAGCUGUAUGACUUGGACAACGACGGAUACAUCACGAGGAACGAGAUGCUGGACAUUGUGGAUGCCAUUUAUCAGAUGGUGGGAAACACAGUGGAGCUUCCUGAGGAGGAGAACACACCAGAGAAGAGGGUGGAUCGGAUUUUUGCCAUGAUGGACAAGAAUGCUGACGGGAAGCUGACGCUGCAGGAGUUUCAGGAGGGCUCCAAGGCCGACCCCUCCAUCGUGCAGGCGCUCUCCCUCUACGAUGGGCUCGUAUAGUCCCGGGGCCGAGCGGCGAUGCCUGGGGGAAGAUGCUCUCCGUGCCAUCCGACCACGCGAAGCUUGCCUGUCCCUCCUGGCCUCCCCUCCCGCUCCACGAGCCAGGGGCGCCCUGGGAGCGCGAGCUCAUCCCCCGCACUCUGAACCAGCCGCUGCCAUUCGCCAGUUCUGCUUUUUCCAACCAACCCCGCGCCAGACCCUGUCUGAGCGGCAGCGAACGCCCGAGACUUUGGGGGAGCGGGUCGAGCAUCGCCGCAGGCACAGCCCCCUCCUCGCCCCCUCUGCUCCCUCUUUCCCCAUUUUCCGAUGGGACUGUGGAUGUGCCGGCGGGAUCCAGCCCGAGACGGGGCCCCAAGGUCCCGGGGCUGCACCCACGUGGAGCCGAGGCACCGACGAGAUUGGGAACAGAGUCCUGGUGUCACCCACAGUGCCGCUGGCAGCCCGGCUCGGCUCACUAGGGACAUAUAUUAUUAUUAUUUUUUUUUUUUUUGGUGAGACAGUAUUGUGCUCUUUGGUUUGGUUUUGUUUCGGUUGUUUUUUUUUUUUUUUUCCUUCGGUGGAAAAAAGUGAGGCUUUUUUUUUUAUAUGCCUAUCUCGACGGUCGAUAUCCUUAUUUAUUUGUUGUAAAUGUUGCUGCUGUGUUUCGUCUCUCGUGUGUGUGUCCGCCCACCCAGGUGAGGAUUUGUAAGGUUUACAUGCUCGUACACUAUUGCGGGGACCCGGGAGCCUGCAAUAACAAUGAAGCCAAAAAUCUGCCUUCCCCCUCUCCUCCCACCCCUGUAUCCCAAGCUCUGUGGGCUGGCUGCUGUUUGGAGGGGAUGCUGUAGCUUCUCUUCCUGUUCCCGUGCUCCCUGCAUUUUUCUGUUCACCCUUCCCUUUGGGAGCUCUGUGGGGCUCACUCAGCCCAGGCUGGGCAGACCAAGCUCCAUCCCUCAGCUGGGCAGGGUGAGGAAUCUGCUGGGCUCCAGAACGUCCCCAUUUCCUUCCUUUUAUUCAUUUUCUCACUGCAUGAACAAGUAUUAAUGGAGCCCAGAGCUGGGUUUUGCUUUCAAGCAGAUUCCUUUGCUACGUUCUGCUUUGCAAGCGGUGGGAAGGUGUUUGGUGGUGGCUGUGAAUCAUCCUUGAAGGGGAGCCUUGCUCUGUCUUGCUCUGUCCCUCCAUCCACGCUGGGAGAAGGUGGCAGGGAGUGCCAGGAUGGGCUGUGCACAAGCUCCAUCAACACCUCUGGGAUGUGCCCCCAGCUCAGCCCCACCAGCACCCACACCGUGGGGCACAGUUGGCAUCUCUGCUGGAGAGUGAGCAGUGCAUGGGUGAUGCCUCAGCUCUGGGAAAGGAGAGAUGUGCAUUCCCUCAGGAGCAGAGUGCAAGAAGCCUUUGGGACCCCUAAAGCCACCCUGGGGCCUCACCCUUCUAUCUUUGCUCCAGCUGGUGGUAGCAGCAUCUUUCCACCCAGCUGUCUCCCAGCUCCUAUGGCUAAGGACUGUCCCCAUGGCAGUGGGAGGUGACAUCUGGAUGUGGAGGGCAGUCUGACAGUGUCUCAUGAUGCAGGAGACAAGGUGGUGCCCCAGUGUUCCCUGAUUCCUCCCAGCAUGGCAGUGACAGAUGCCCCAGCCAGAAGAUGCUGGUUCUUCACGUGCAGCCCCACUCCCCAGUUUUGGGAUUUUGUGCUUGUGGUACUUCUUGAUGCCCAUGAAAACCACCUUUCCCCAUCCCCAAGGAGACUGACCUCACGUCCAUGUGCAAUAUUUCUGCCUCUUCUGCAGUCCCUGCCCCUGAGGAUGCCCAUGUUUCAUUGUGGGGGUGCUUCUGGAGGGUGUCCUUCACUCACUCCCACGGAAACCUCCUUUUCCUUGUUGCUCUGUGGCCAAAAUGCAACUCUGGGGUAGGUUUUUGCAGUGCCUGCCACUUGUUGAAUGCACAUCUGCCAGACUGGUCCCUCCUGGUGCCAAUCAAUGUUCCCAAUGAAUGUGACACUGCUGUAAUCACCUCUGCUGAUGAAUGAUGGGCCCUGCCACGUUUGACAUAGUUCCCAGGCAAAGGCAAACCUCAUUUGCUCUGACACUUUUCCCCUGGACAGCUUGUAAUUUUUGGAGGACCUGUCAUGGGUUGAGCUCCAUGAGUGCUCACAGGUGUCUCCCCAGGAACUCAGCCCUGCCAGGGCUCUGGGCAUGCUGAGUGUCCCUGAGCAAAGUGUUUUGGCCCCAGUGUUCCUCCUGGCUGUAGAUCUGGGACCCUGGCUUGGAUGCUUCUAAUCUCCCUUUUGGGGAGCACCAAGGGCCCUGAUUCCUGCUGAGCACCACCAGGAUCUGCAGCAUCUUGCUAUCACUGAAAAUAAGGCUUGGAGCAUCUCGUGCUUGGAAAUGUUGGCCUUAACCUCCUCGUGCCUCAGUUUCCCCAUCAGUGCAGUGGCUGGGGGGAGCAUCCCCCUCUGGAGAGCAGUUUGGUGGCUGUGCCCAGCUCAGGGCAGUGGGCACAGGGCUUGGCAGGACCCACUGAGCAUCAGGCAGGUGCAGAGCACCAGGAAUGGUGUGUGAAACACCAGGGUGGGAUUUACACCAGGGUCUUUAAUUCCAGCCUCUGUUUUACACCUGCUCACGAUGGAACAGCCCUGGUUUGUCUCUGUUCAUACUGGGGUUGCUGGUGCCUGUCCAAAACAGAGCCCUGGCUGUGGGAAGGGGGCCCAAAGCACAGCCAGGCUGAGGUGAGGGCCCAGCCCCGGUGACUGUGGCAUGUGCCCCCCUCUCAUUUGUCGCUGUCAGUGUUGCCCAUUAAAUGCCAUGUCUGUACUUUCCUUUCUUUUCACUUUUCUGUCUGUGUGCUGACUGUUGCUGCUUUGUAUCUGUCUUUCCUUGAGCUCUGGGGCCGGGCUGGGCUGAGCUGUUUCCCCUGGGAGAAAGAAUGUGGGAGAGGGCUCUGGGGGCAGAUUCCCCCCUGCCCUCUGCUCACAGCACAAACCAGGACCCAAGAGAGAGAAGUGAAGGGUUUUUCCUCUGGAGCAGGCUGUUAAUUAAUGCAAUUUGUAAUGAGACCAGGCUGGUCCCAGGAGCUCUCUCUGUUGGGUUGGUGGAGGAGGGUGUUUGCUAAUGGGGGGCCCCAGACCCUGCUUGUGCCAGGUACCAGCUGCAUCUCGCCCCCCUUCACAGAGGCUGAGGUUGUGGGAAUCCCAGCCCAGGUCACUGCUCCUCAGUGGGCAGGGAUGAAGCUGCCCAGAGAUGGAAUUGUCUUGGAGUCUUGGGAUCUGGGUUUGAGCCCCACUUGGAGCAGGGCUGGCUUUGAAGCAGGGCCAGGCAUGGCAUGGGGGCAGCUGAGAUCACUGGCAGAGCUGCCCCCUUCCCAUGUGUUGAGGGUUGGGGGGUCAUUUGGGAUGGGUGAGUGACCUGCAGCCAGCUCACUGUCCCCCAUCCAAGGAGGAGAUUUGGGGCAUUUGGUGAGAGCACCUGUUACCUGUCCUUCCCCAGGGCACUGAGGGGAGGGUCUGGCUGGGACAGAAGUGAGGGCUGGGGGCAAAGAAGCAAGCCCCAGUCUCAGUGCACAGUUUAGGGUGCAGAACUUUUGGGGUCUCAGUUACACACAUCAGCCCUGCAGCAAAGUCAUCCUUCCCUUCUCUCUGCUCCUGGGCUGGGUGCCCUGUGGCACAGGUGUGGCCUGUGUCCCAGGGCUGGCUGAGCCCUGGGCUGGGAAGCAGCAGCUCCAGCACAGAGCCUUGUUUGUGGAGAUGAAGCCUGUGUGUGCGUCCGUGCCGGUGUCUCGGCUUGCAUGCCCCGCUGCCUUGUCUUGAGAUGAAUUCAAGAGCAAACCAAGCAAACGAAACAGUUUAAUAACAGAACAAAACAAAACCCAGGAACUUUGUGACAGUGGAAAUAAAAGCUUAAUGACAGUAAUGGA